GUCUUAUUUGCUGUCAGCUGUCUUUUCUGCGUUCCCUUGUGUAUAUUUUCUCCCUUCCCUUCUUUUUUCCUCUUGCACCCAUUAAUGGUAACUGAUCUGCUCAGCUUGGGGAUAACAAAUCUUUGAGAUUUUGGGUGAUGUUUUGCUUUCAACUUAUUUUCUCUGUUAAAUAUUGAAUGGAAACUUUGAGAGUGAGACUGGCUUGAUUUAGUUCUCUUCAUUACUCAGUCGUCUUGAUAGGUAGUUGCACCUUGAGCACUGUGACUGAAAUAAUGUCACUUUCACCAAAAUCUGAGAGCAGUGCAUGGUAGUGUUUCAAGUUCAAUGAUUUUAGACAAUGGACUACUUAUAAAGUAGAUAUCUUUUACUCUUCAUGAAGUGUUUGGGACAAGAUAAUGAAGCUCCAGUUGGAAGUUGCCCUUGCUUAUAUCAUUUACUUACUCUGGUUUCCAUAUAUUUCAUGUGAUGGGUUCUCUGGAGAGUCUGGCAUAAACAAGUGGACUUGUUCAUGUGCUUCUGCUCAAGUAGGCAAUCAGAGCUAUGUUAUUGCAGCUAACUGUUCUACAUCUUGUGAUUGCAGUCCUGAAGAAGACUCUUCCGGAGGAGCAAGUGGAGGAAGGUGGACUUGCGUUUGUGAUGCUGGGGGAUUUCCCACAGCUGCAGCUGGCAUUCAUGAUUCAAGUUGUUUCACAGCCUGCAACUGCACAUCUGGUUUUUCUGUUGAGACAAGAUCUUCAAGGAAGCACAUUUCCAGCAAGGCCAUUGUUUACAUUCUGUUACUAUGUGUUGUUCUCACAACUGUUGCAUUUCUUGCUUCAUUGGGAUGUUAUGUGUAUCGGAGGGACAAAUGUCCUGUUCAACCUCCAGUAUUUUCAUCAGACAAAGACUCAAGCUGUAAUAGUGCUACCAACCUAAUAACUCAUAGAUCUUCUUCAGUACCAGAAUUCAAAGUAAAUAUAAAAUCUCCCUUAAACCCCAUCACAGGGUGUAUACAGAGAACUUCUUUUGUAUUUAACAGCAAAAGGAGAGCAAUGCCUGGGGCAAUUGUCCACUUUACUUACUCUGAGUUGGAGUACACAACCAAUAAGUUCUCCCGUUCUAAUCUGAUAGGGGUUGGAGGAAGCAGCUGUGUUUAUCAUGGACAGCUCAAAGAUGGCAGAACUGUUGCUGUUAAACGUCUAAAGACUCAGGGAGGUCCUGAUGUAGAUACCGAGUUUUUGACUGAGAUUGAGCUCAUAUCAAGGCUCAACCACUGUCAUGUGGUGCCUUUGCUUGGAUACUGCUUGGAGUCCCAAAGGAAACAAGCUGAGAGGCUACUUGUCUUUGAAUACAUGUCCAAUGGUAACCUGAGAGAUUGCUUAGAUGGGGCUCCAGGGAAAGAGCCCAUGGACUGGGGAACUCGUGUUGGCAUUGCUCUUGGAGCUGCAAGGGGCUUGGAAUAUCUCCAUGAAGCUGCUGCUCCAAGGAUUUUGCAUAGAGAUGUCAAAUCAACUAAUAUUCUUCUAGAUGAGAACUGGAGUGCUAAAAUAACUGAUCUUGGUAUGGCCAAACACUUGAGGGCUGAUGACCUUCCCAGCUGCUCAAGUUCUCCAGCAAGAAUGCAGGGGACUUUUGGAUAUUUUGCACCAGAGUAUGCCAUUGUUGGAAGGGCCUCCCUUAAGUCAGAUGUUUUCAGUUUUGGGGUUGUUCUUCUGGAGUUGAUCAGUGGUCGGCAACCCAUCCAAAAAUUUCCCAACAAAGGAGAAGAAAGCCUUGUGAUUUGGGCUAUGCCUCGAUUACAGGAUAGUAAGCGGGUGAUUUUGGAACUGCCUGACCCACAUUUGAAAGGGAAUUUCCCAGAAGAGGAGAUGCAGAUAAUGGCUUACUUAGCAAAGGAGUGCCUGCUUAUGGACCCUGACUCUCGACCAACCAUGAGCGAGGUUGUUCAAAUCCUUUCCACUAUUGCACCAGAGAAAACCAAGAGGCGAAAUUUUCCUGGACAACUUUUUCAGAGGUUAUCCACUCCUAGUGUGAAGUGUGUAGCAGACAAGGAAAGGUGUGAAGAAGUGUCUUCUGUUCCCAUUGAUGCAGAGGAUUUGAGAAGAUGCCCUAAUAGGUAUUCGUUGCCACUCUCUGUAGACCGUAAUUUAUGUGUCGAAGACAGCAAGAAAGAGGCAGACUCGGUGAUGUCAGCUGAGUGCAUAGAGAAAUUGGUCCUCUUAACUUCGAAAGCUAGGAGUUGGCGUGUGCCAGAGGAUGAAACUGUAGACUUAACUGAGCCACGGUUUGAAUCAUUUUGUAUGACAAAUAUUCAGUCUCUAUGAUUUUAUUAGAACAUAUGAACAGGUUCUACUAUAGAGCCACUGGUAUGAUAUGAUCAUCUCAUAUUCACAUGCUUGCUGGUUCGGGGGGUGGGGAGGUUGUGCUUAGUUCUCUCACAGGUUAUUUUAGUGAAAAUUGCUAGGUGUAUUCUUUUAUUUUUUUUGUUUUGUUUACUACUGUACAGAGAAAUUGAUAAAAAGUCUUGAGUUAUAUCAUCAUCAUAAAGCACACAUGGUUUAAAGUA